AUGACGUCGCUGACGCUGUCGUUGGCGACGGUAUGCGUCGCGUACGUGUACCCCAUGUACGCGACGUACAAGGUCUUGACUGCAGCGUCGCGGAACGGAUCGACGCUGAACGCAUACAAAUGGCACGCGCAGAGCGGCAAAGGAAAGCGGGGACAGGCGCAGGAGAAGCCGACGGAGCUCGCCGAGCUCGAGACGCUUGCGAUGUACUGGUGUGUGAUUGCAAUAGUGCGUGUCGCCGAGGCAUGGGGAGAAUGGUCAUGGAAAUGGAUCCCGUUCUAUCCCCACGUCAAGUUUGCGUUUGUCCUCUGGCUUGUGCUGCCGCAGACGCGCGGCGCCUCGCUGCUUUUUACGCGCUACGUGUCGCCGUUCCUUACAGAGCACGAGAGCGACAUUGACAAUUUCAUGGACAGGGCCCGUGAGCGGCUCGUCGCGAUUUCCAGCACCACGUUUGGCGUCGUGGUGAAUAUCCUCCGCAGCGAAGCGGGUGAAUGGACUACUGCUGCCAUACGCGCCCAUGAGCCACCGCCUCGUGCCGCGCCGCCUCCCCGUGCCGCGCCGCCGCCCCGUGCCGCGCCACCGCCGCGCGAAGAGCCCGCUCCCGAACCGGUGCAUGAGCCCGUGUAUGAGCCGGUGCAAGAAAAGCCGCCGCCGCCUGCGCCCAAGCCCCGCCGUGGCCCGUAUCCGAAUGCACUGCCUACACCGCCUGCGCCCGGCCCACCGGUACCCCCGCCGACGAUGCAUAACCCCGCCGAAGGCGCGCUGGAGCAGGUCACGCAGCUGCUGCAAACCAGUGCGCCGUACGUUGCUGCGACCGGCGCCUCGGCCCUGCAGUGGAUUUCGUCUACAGCGCAUGCCGCCGAAGAGGCCGCCAAGCAGCGGCACGAAGAGGCGGCGUCGAGUGGCUCGCGGCGGCGCAACCGCUUCUUUUCCAAGGCGGACAAGAUGGAAACAUAG